AUGGCGUCUCUCACGCGCCUGAACGCGGUGCUGGCCGACGUGCUCAACACGGGCUCGGCAGCAGACGAACAAGAGCUCUUCGACCUCCUGCUCACACAUCGACCAAGUCUCGUCAAAGUGCUCGAUGUCGGCGGACAGAGCGAGGCGGAGCGCAAGGAGCUUCAAGGCGGCAAGAUCACCGUGGACAAGCGCCAAAUGUCAAUCAACGCCGACUUUAGUACCCAGGCCAUAUUUCUGGGCGCGACGCUCGAGUGCAGCGAAUUAUAUGUUGCGGGACUGAUGCAGACGGUCAUCUCCCGCCACCCGAACGUCGCCCCGUCCGAAAUCGUCGAGCGCGUCGUCCUCGAGCACCACACGCGCCGCCGGCAACACGUGGAGUGCAUCCAACUACUAUUAUCCGCCGCACUCUCGCCCACGCCACAUCCGCAACUUGAACAGUUCGUACUCCAACAAAUCGUGCCGGGCCUGGGCGCGAAGCUGUGGGGGGAGAUGGAGAAGAUGGAGGCGGUGAUCCAGCGGGCGACGACGGCGGCGACGAACGCGGGGAGCAGGACGGAGGUCGCGGGGAACAGUAUCCGGCUGGGCCAGGACGUGCUGGUGGCGCGCCAGCAGAGCCUCGUGCUCGAGCGCCGCGAGCUCGCCGUCGACCUCUACCUCGUCGCCCGCCUCGGCCGGCUAUCUCCGCAGGAACUCGAGAAGACGGUGCUGUGGCUGCAGCAGCAGCCCAGACACGCGCUCACGCUCUACGUCCUGUCGUCCCUGCUCGCGUUCUUCGACGUCGUCGACCCGGCAUCGGCUGGCGCCACAGCGCGCCAGAAGCUGUCCACCACCCCGGCCAUUUUGAAUCUGAUGAAGACGAGGCUGGCGCCGGGCGCGGAGUGGAAGGAGCCGGGGCUCAAGGCGGUUUUGCUGCUCAAGUGGACGUUGUUCCUUGCGGAAUUGAGGAGGAGAGAUCCGGGGUUGGAGCACAAGGACGGCUUCCAGACCGAGCAGCUCGAGACGAACGUCUGGAACGCGGUCCAGGGCGACGCAUUCGCCUACCUCUCCACCACACUCGCGCGCCUCUCGCCCUCCUCGCCCUCGCCGCUCCUGACAAACGGGACCGACAACGACGCCGAGCCGCCCGCGGAAGACUUUAAACUCGACUUUUUGUCAUCUCUCGAGAGCCUCGCGCGGCUCGUCAUCACCCACGCCUCGUCCGAGCUGCGCAAAAUCAAACAACGACAAGAAGACCACAUGUUCGCCUCCGCCCGCGCCGACCGCGCCCGCGCAUUCCGCUCCGUGUCCACCUCCACGUCCGCGCCUAAACCCGCCGCGCCCCCGCGCAACGACAUCGCGGCCUUCUUCGCCCUCCUCGGCGCGCUCUACACCGCGCUCCCGUCCGAACGCGCCCUCCAAUUCUGGGGCUCCGUCCCGCUCACCCCCACGCCCUCAUACGCCGAACAAUCCGAAACAUCCCAAGGCAAGCUCCCCGCGUUCCUCCAGUGGUCCGUGUGGUCGACCCAGCCGAGCGACAUCGAGAUGUGCACGGCCUUGUUCGGGAUGCUCGCGGGCCUCGCGCACGGAAGGCAGGCGGCGGAGCUGGCGUAUAAUUUUCUGGCGAGGGGGUCGGGCGAGGUUGUGCAGGGCGGCGCGCCGGGCGCGAAGGGCGAGACGGUCGCGAGCUGGGGGUGGAUGGUCAGGGUGCUGGAGGGGUGGAUUACGCCUGUGCCGGCGCCGCGCGGUCAGCAACAUCAACAACCACAACAAACGCACGGACACGCGGGACAGUUCGGGAUGGGCGCGUCGACGUCUUCGGCACAGCAGCAGCAGCAUCAUGCGCCGCUGAGCGCGAAAGAGAUAUUCCUCGGCCAGGCGCUGUUGCGGCUGUUGGGCACUGUCGCGGCGCACGCGCCCGGGCCGCGCCUGGCGCUGACGUCCAACACGCACCUGCACAUCCUCCAAACGCUCACGGCGCUCCUCCCGCUCAACUGCGCGCUCGAGCUCAAGGGCUCGGCCCUGUCCACGCUCAAGGCGCUCUGCGCGCCCGGGUCGGGCACGGACGCCGCGCGCGCGACGUGGGGCAUGCUGGAGAGAUUGGAGGUGGUGAAUGUAAGGGGAGGCGGGAGUAUGAUCAAGAAGGGCGUGCAGUCCGCGCUCGAGCUCGUCGAGGAGCCCAACGGCGCCUACCCGCAGACCGUCCCGUUCAUCACGCUCCUCGCGGCGCUCAUACACACGCCCAAGCAGCGCCCCCUGCGCGCGCUCAUCGCCGAGGACGCCGCCGAGGCAAACUCGAUCCCGGACGGUCUUGGGACGCCGUAUAGAGUCGGCGGGCUCGGGCCGUACGUCGCGUUUGUCGUCGAGGAGGUGUUUCUGAGGAUUCCGGGGCGGGAGUAUAAAGACCCGCGCGAGCGCUGGCGGAUGAACGACGCGUGCCUCUGCUUCGUCGAGAACGCGCUCGCGGCGCUCGACCUCGGCGCGCUCGUACUGGCCGCGGACGGCGGACUAGCGCGGCCCGAGAUGAUCCCGCCGUUACUGUCGCAUCCGGGGUGCGACAUCCUGCAGCGCCUGCUCACGCGCUCUCCGCUCCUCGCGAAUCUGCUGAGCUAUGCGGUGGACGGCGUGGACGGGUUCGAUCGGGCGCUCGAUAGGGCCGAGCCGCUGUUCGGGCGCACGAUCGCGCGGGUGCUGAGGAUACUUGUGAGAGCGCUCGAGCUGCAGCAGGCGUUCUUGGACGUGCUUAUUCCACUGGCGCACGCGCUGCCGCCGUCGCCGUUGACAUCGACGGUCCAUCCGCGGAACCACUACACGCCGCUUGACUCUGCGCUGGGAUUCUCUGCGCCCCUCGCUCCUGCAAUUGCAGCGUACGUCGCGCACGCGCCGAGACACCCCGAGACGGCGUUGUUGGCGCUUAGGAUGCUGGGCGUGCUCAGCGCCAGCACGGUGUUCCCCGGGCGCAAUCUGGCUGUACUUGUUGAGCGGAGCGUGGAGAGCGAACGCGUCGUGGAGGGGUUUAGGAGCUUGUUGCGUGUCGAAGCGCGGGUGAAACCUGAAGAGGCGAUGGAGGUUGCGGAGCGGUACGCCGGUGCCGGUGCGCCGGACGCUGAAGAUGGCGACGCGGAGGCCGUGCGGGAGAGUCUGCUCCAAGCUGCGAAACUCAGCGCGCUCGAGAUGCUCGUCGAGCAUACAAAGCCCGGAACAGUCUACCCCACGCUCUCGCACCUCGUCCUCCUCGGCUCCACAGCGCAAAACGACGACAAAGGGCUGCAAGACCCGCGCGCGCUGGGCGCGAAGAAGGGCGCGGUGCACGUUGUGCUCGAUCUUUUGUCUGUUGGGGUGGGGAGGGAGAGGGGGACGGGGCGGGAGAUGUUACUCAUUACUCAGCCGGAGAUCGCGGAGAAGAUGUACGGCGUGCUGCUCAACCUGUGCACGCACGCGCGCACGAGCGACUCCGUGACGCGCUACCUGCGCACACACGAAGACUUCUUCGCGCGCCAGCUCGCCGCGCUGCCCCCGCGCGCGCCGGAGGCGGACGACGCCGGUGUGGAAGUGGUCUAUGGCGACGGGGUGCGGGUCAGAACGGUCGUGUCGAGCCUGUCGAGCUUCCUGCGGGCGCGCGCGGCGGUGUGCGAGCUCGGCGCGCUGGACCUGUGGGGCCUGGCGCGGCGCGGACACCAUAAAGCGCUGAACGGCCUGCUCGGCGUGUUCUUCGGGAACGCGGAGGACGACGCGGACGAAGUCGACGCGCCGCUCGAUUGGGAGGACGAGGUCUAUGGGACGAGCAGCGCGGGCAGAGUUGGUGGGCAGAGGAGCGUGAGGGCUGUGGAGAUGCUGCAGAGCUUGUCGUUCGACUGGAUCAACGCGCUCGCGGUCGACCCGCGCCCGCUCGAGCUUCUGUCCGGCCUGGACCUCGCGAGCUGUACACGCGACGACGCGCACGGCUGCGCGCUGCUCGACCGCGAUGCCUUACUCUCCGCGCUCGCUGCGGCGCGCCGCGCGCUCUUGAGUGGAAAGAACGCGGGGCAGGUCGACGAGAGGCGGUUGAGCGCGGAGAGCGCGUAUGUGCUGCAGAGCGCUGUGGUGGAGAACCAACGGAGGAUCGUCGCGCAUGCGCAGAGCGCUGGCUUUGAAGCGUGGGGGAGGAUAUUGCGGACCGCGGUCGCGCAUUUGCCGCCGGGCGCCGAGGCGGACGUGUUGCUCGCGGACGUGCUGCACGAGAUUCCGCCGCUGUUGAUGAGCGAGGCGCUGCCGAACGAGGAGUGCGGGGUGGUGUUGGCGGAGUGCGCUGGUGCGCUGGUGGGGAGGUUGAGGGCGGGGAGCGACGGCGGGGGAGGGGGGCUGAGCAGGGAGAGGAUGGUGGGCACGUUGGGGGCGCUUGUGGAGUGUGCGGUGGGGAGUCGGGCGGAGGUCGUUAGGGGGAACUUGUAUGCUGCGCUGGUCAAUUAUCUGGCGAUUGUUGCGUCGGGUUCUUCGGCGGCGACAUCGACGUCGACUGAGACGGCGCUGGGACUAUCUACGCUGGGGAACUCGACAUCUCAGUCACUGGUCCUCUCAUCCUCAACACGCGGACCUUACGACACAACAUCCGCGCUAUCAUCUCUCCGACCCAUCCUCGACCGCCUCGUCACAUCCGUCGCGCGCGACGCGUCCGCCGGAACCGAAGUGUGGCGCACGGUCGCGUUCACACUGCUGUCACGACUCGUGGCGCUGGACGAGAGGGUGCUGAACGUUCUGAAUAAGCAUGGGUUUGUUCAGGGGUUCGUGUAUGCGCUUAAGGAGGCGGAUGCGCGGUUGGUGGGCGUUUUAAAGCCCGACCCUGACGAUUUGAACGCGCUGUAUGUGUUCGAGGCGCAGAUGGGACUGCUCAUGCGCGCUGCGAGUACGAGGACCGGCGCGGAGAGGUUGCUUGAUGCCGGGCUCUUACCUACGCUUGCGGGAUGCGACUUCAUUGAUGCGCAGCCUGAGGCUGAUCAUGCGUUCAUCGACCGCGACGCGUUCCUACCCUCGGCCAUACAGCGCUACCACCAGCUCCUCCUCCCGACCCUCCAACUCCUCACCCAACUACACUCCACCCUCGCGCUCCAUCAAACAUGCACAGCCCAAACAAUCCGCUUCCUAACCUCCCACGCCGACACGCUCUCCAUCCUCCUCAAGUCACCGCCGUCCUCGCUCGCGGCGCUGAGCGAGCAAAAGCUGGUCGUCGAGCUGUGCAGGGGCGUGCUGCGCGGUGUCGAGGGACGCGAGAGGAUGGCGGAGCAUACGGGCUUCGGAGGGCUGAACGCCGCCGUCGGGGCGCUCGCUGCUCGGGCGCUUGCGGGCGGUGUGGGAGAAAGUGUUGGGCCGAUGAGCGAUGCGGAGGCCGCGGACGAUGCGGUGUUGGCUCCCGGAUAUGCGCAGACGAGCAAGUUUGCGCUGGCGGUGCGAGAUGCGGAGCAUGCGCUUGAGCGCGCGUUGCUGUUGUACCUUGCGGCGGCGUCUGAUCCGGGCGAGGACGCGCCGGGCGGGAUCACGCUCGUUGUAGCGCCUGUUGUCGGACCCGCACGGUCGACCGAUUCGCGUGUUGUUGCGACGGUUCCGACCAUGGGCGACCUCUUCGACGCUCUCGGGGCCCUCUCAUCCGAGCUACACGAUACACUGCGCAUCACACACAACCUAACCGCCGAACUGUCCGCGCGCUCACAUCUGCGAAUCGAAGACUACAUCCCCAUCCUCCCUCCACCCAUGGCUUCACUCGCUGCGAGUCAAAGUCCGAGCCAGACUAGGAGUAUGAUCGCGGAGGAGUUGGGGAGGAUCAGGGAGCGCGUGAGGAGAAGAGCGGAGGGACUCGUCGAGGCUGUUGAGGUCGCGCUCUUGGUGGCGUGGACUCAUGCGAGCGUGUACGCCGCGGAGGACAUUGACUCGUCAUCUAUCAUUGCCCUGCGACGACCGAAAGAGCGCGCGGGCGUUCAGCCGGGAUCUGCGGCUUUGGCAAGAGCCAUGACCGGUGCGCCCAAAGGUGAGGCGUUUGUGAGGGAGUGCGCGAGAAGGGCUGCGACUGCUUUGAGCAGGGUUGACGGGUUGGAGCUUGGCGGAGAGGAGGCGUGGGGGGAGAGGGAGGCGUUUGUUGGGUUGAUGUGUGUGAGGGUCGCGGAGGUUCUUGGGUUGAGUAGGGAUACGAGCGGGGGAGAGGAGUAG